ACGACAUGAGUAAAUGGCAGCCGUUCCGCUGAGAAAUGAUGAACGCAUUAUACUUCACUUUGACUACGACUGUUUCUACGCCUCCGUCUUUGAGGCCGAGCAACCAAUACUGAAAACGCUCCCUCUAGCCGUCCAGCAAAAGCAGAUCGUAGUCACAUGUAACUAUGAAGCUCGAAGACGAGGACUGCGCAAGCUUCAGUUGAUCAAAGAAGCAAAACAGAUCUGUCCAGACGUCGUCAUCAUCCUUGGGGAAGAUCUUACCAAAUUUCGAGAUGCAUCUAAAGACCUCUACCUCUUCUUUCGGAGGUCUAUCUGGGGUGAGAGAGUUGAAAGACUGGGGUUUGAUGAGAUAUUCAUGGAUGUUACCGACAUGAUUACCUAUAAUGCAGGUUUAUUGAACCCGAAUGACCUGACGCACUCAUUUUUCCAUCUGGACUCGCGAGAUCCUACGGUUGGCUUCGCCUUUGAUGCCACUGCUGUAUAUGGUCGUACCUAUCCGAAUGAUAGAUCUGGGAAACCCCUGUCUGAAGCCGACACGCAGCUCCAUUUGAGACUCCUGCUUGCGUCUCAUUUUGCUGGCUACCUUCGAAGUCAACUAGAAAACCAGAAGGGCUAUACUGCCACGGCGGGCAUCUCGACUUCCAAACUUCUCGCCAAGGUCGUGGGUAGUGCUCAUAAGCCGAAUAAUCAGACGACGCUUUUGCCACCUUAUAGCUCGACAGGGGACUGCGAAAGCAACGUGCUCAGGUUUCUUGAUUCGCGGGAGAUACGGGCAAUACCAGGCAUUGGUUCCAAGCUUUCUCGAAAACUCAUAUCUCAUAUUACAGCAUCAGACCAAUCGGCGGUCGAAAAUAAAGUCACAAUUCGCGAUGUUCGUGCGUUUCCAGGCAUGGGCCCUUCGCUUCUGGAACGGAUCCUAGGGGGACCUGGAGCUCCUCGGGAUAUCGGGGUGAAAAUAUGGGGACUAUUGCAUGGAGUAGAUGGUACUCAGGUCGGCGAAGCUCGUGACACACCCACCCAGAUUAGCAUUGAGAACUCAUAUGGCCACUUGGACACGUUUGAGGCUGUUCGCAAAGAGAUGUUGUCACUUGCUGCUAGCUUGAUCCGCCGAAUGAGGAUGGAUUUGACGGAGCGCUACAGUGACGCCGAAGGCAGUACCUCUCUGGGACCUAGGCUACGCGAAGAAACGAAAGCUCGAUGGCUUGCUCGACCGCGAACUUUUCGUUUGUCUACAAUACCACGGUCGACCCAGGGAUCUGACCACACCUAUAGUCGCAGAUCCCACUCGGCAUCACUCCCCCAAUAUGUCUUCAAUCUGGACGAACCCAUAGACGCCCUGGCAGAACGUGUCGUCCGAGAAUUGGCCACACCAAUGUUCCGCAAACUCCACCGGGAGAGGACGGGCUGGAAUCUGCGCGUUCUGAAUCUUGCUGUGACAAAUAUGGCUGAAAUAGCGGGCGAUGGAAAGCAUAAUGACGGCCGAAAUAUCAGCAAGAUGUUUCAGCGACAAGAGGCGGAACCUCAAGAUACCCUUCCAGCAUCUGAACGGACAUGGACUCAGUCAGAGCUACCUGUGCUACCGUCAACGCUGACUGUAGCGUCUGAAGCAUUGUGGGAGAGUGACGGGGAAGAAGAAAGCAUGCCCAGUGUACAGUGUACAACCUGUGGAGCGUCAAUACCCCAUUUCGCGCUUGCUGCACACAAAGUAUACCAUUCUACGUCUGAAAAUAAUUAA